AUGGCCCCGCGAACCCCUGCUGCAAGAGGAUCCUCCAUUUCAAACCACCUCAUCGAGAAUCAACUUCGUGGAAACUCCAAAAUGGCCUCCAGAUCACAAAUUCCGGAUCAUUUACCCUGGGAUCCUACUUGUAACCAGUUUCCCACAUUGAAACAGCUUCCUAAAUUGCCCAAUGCGCCGGAGGGUGCAGCUUGGGUCUGGGGAAGUGAUGAUCAGCUGGGUCGAUUGAAUCUUCUCACACCAGAAAGAGUGAAGGCUUCUGCGGCGGAGAUCAGAACAGGUGAACUAAUUCGCUUGGAUCUUCCCCUCGACGUCCCGAAAAAGCCUGCAUUUGAACGCGAAACCUUCAUUCAUAACAUCAAGACUCUCACGAAGGAUGUCGUAUUCGAUGACACCUACGCCCUCAAUACACAGAGUGGAACCCAAUGGGAUGGAUUCAGGCAUUUUGCACACAUUCCCACCAAGAGCUUUUACAACGGCGCGACAAGCAAGGACAUCAUAGGCGAGGCUGCGAAUCAUAAAUGCAGCAUCCACCAUUGGGCCGUCCACGGUGUUGCAGGACGCGGCGUCCUCCUAGAUUACCGCCACUACGCCCAAACUCAUAACAAGUCCUAUGAUCCCUACACUACUCACGCAAUUACCUUAUCAGAGCUUCAAGCAUGCGGAAAAUUACAGGGUCUAGAUCUCCGCCCCGAGUCCCAGGGUGGUGACAUCCGAGUCGGAGAUUUUCUCCUUAUUCGGUCUGGUUUUAUACAGCGCUAUGGUGAACUCAGCCCCGAGGAUCGGUACACCGCGGCGACCCGCUCUCAUGGUGAUCUGGGAUUUGCAGGCGUAUCGCGAGACGCUGAUAUGCGCGAGUGGUUGCAUGACAGCUAUUUCGCAGGUGUCAUGGGUGAUUCACCUACGUUCGAGGCUUGGCCUGUUCCUGAAGGUGAUUUCUUACAUAUGAGUCUUCUGGCCCUUUGGGGCUGUCCUAUUGGGGAGAUGUGGGAUCUGGAGACCCUGGCUGUGAGAUGUAGGGAAUUAGGCAAAUGGACCUUUUUCCUGACGAGUGCCCCGGCUAACAUGCCAGGUGGUGUUGGUUCGCAUGCUAAUGCGACAGCAAUUCUAUAA